AAAUUAUUGUGAUUGCAAAAUUAAGAUGGAAGACGAAUUAAUUUAAUUGUUAUUGUUAGGCUAUUGGUUGCACCUUGUAGACAUUAUUCUUGUCCUUACUUUAACUAGGCAUAGGUUUUGUGAAUGGAUGCAGGAAUCUUUUGAUGUAUAUAAAUACCUGACAUUACUCAACUCUAAACAAAACAACUUCCGUUAGUAACUUUUAUCUAUUCUAUCUUAAGUUCUUGAUCCACAUUAUUUGAGUGAUCAAAAAAUGGGAAAGGUAGCUUUGGGAUGCCCUCGAGAGGCCGCACAGCCAGAUUGCUUGCGAGCUUUGGUUGCAGAGUUUGUAUGUACUUUCCUCUUCGUCUUCGCUGGUGUUGGAUCUGCCAUGACUGCUGGUAAGUUGCUUGGGGAUUCACUAGUUGGCCUGUUUGUGGUGGCUAUGACUCAUGCAUUAGUAGUCGGAGUUAUGAUCUCCGCUGGUCUACGAACCUCUGGUGGUCAUCUUAACCCUGCUGUCACCCUUGGUCUUGCUGCCGGUGGACAUAUCACCAUUUUUAGGUCCAUCCUUUAUAUUAUCGAUCAAUUAUUAGCCUCUGCGUUAGCUUGUGUUCUUCUCAAGUACCUUACCGGUGGAUUGGAGACUCCAGCUCAUACACUUGCAGCCGGCGUAGAUUCCCUACAAGGAGUGGUAUGGGAAAUCGUUCUCACAUUCUCUCUGCUGUUCACAGUUUACGCAACACUGGUUGACCCUAAGAAAGGUCCUAUAGAUGGGCUAGGUCCCAUUCUAACUGGGUUUGUAGUCGGUGCAAACAUCAUAGCCGGUGGUCCGUUUUCCGGUGCCUCAAUGAACCCUGCAAGGUCAUUUGGACCUGCUCUAGUGAGUGGAAACUGGACUAAUCAUUGGGUCUACUGGGUUGGACCUUUGAUCGGAGGACCUCUUGCCGGUUAUUUCUACGAGAACUUUUUCAUCUUUAGAAAUGCUCCAGAACCAACUGAUGAGGAACAAAGUUUACUCAAUUGAUCAUGUGUAAGUGCGAACUUGUUUUGCAAUAGUAUCCGUCAAGUCUUCUUUUGGUUUGUAUUUCCAAAUUUGUAAUGUAACUAGCGCUCAACCCGGCACGGGAAUAGAUACGCGUUCUAGUUGAUGCUCGUAUUGAAAGAACUAUUUUCCCGCACAAUAUGUAGCCCACAAAUCAAAACAACCCGGUUCUUUCAUCUUUUAUCUUCCAAUUAUAUUCAAUUUUACACACA